AUGACUGCAACAGGGAAAUUCCCCUCGCAGUUAGUCCAUACCCUCAAGACACAUCAUGGACCCGUGAACGCCGUAACAUUUUCAGGUGGUCCUGGGACAUACAUACUGACAGGGUCUACCGAUCGCGCCGUGCAUCUGUCCCGCGCAGUCCCUAAUAACAGCAAUGCUUCUUCCGUUGUUGAGACGACGUCGCCGAUCCAGAAGUACGAGGCACACGGGUACUCGGUGCUAGACAUUGCGGUUGCGUCGGACAAUUCGAAGUUUGCGAGCGUUGGCGGCGAUCGGCAGGUAUUUCUAUGGGACGUGGAACAGGGUAUCACAGUGAGGCGAUGGGGUGGACAUAACGCGAGGGUGGAAGCGGUACAGUUUGCUGGGGAGGACGAUGCAGUUGUUGUAUCCGGCAGUGCAGAUACUACGAUCAAUAUUUGGGACGGCCGCUCAAAUUCUCAUAAGCCGAUCCAGACUCUGAGCGAGGCUGGUGACACCGUCUCCUCAUUACAUGUGCAUGCACCGACCUACUCGAUUGCAAGCGGCAGCUAUGAUGGACACGCACGGGUCUACGAUAUCCGCAUGGGCAGGACGACGGUGGAUGUGCUCGGGAAUCCGGUUACAAGCGUGCGGUGCUCAGCAGACGGGAAUGCGCUUUUGACGUCUACUCUCGACAGUCGAAUUCGAAUGUUGGAUCGCGAUGACGGAAAGUUAUUGAAGGCAUUUGGACAGGAGGAUACCACCCAACAUACCACCCAACACGCGCCACUCACACUGGGGAAAACAACCGGCUAUCGAAAUGUGGAGCUGCGCAUUCGGUCCGUAUUCGCAAAGGCUGACGCUGUCGUUCUCAGCGGGAGCGAGUCCAACAAAGAUGACCGCUUCGCGCAAGCACAUAUUUUUGCCUGGGACGUCUUAAGUGGAGAUCUCAUUGCGUCCAUUCCAGCGGGAGAGAAAGUCAAAGCCGUUAGCAGCGUAGCGUGGAAUGACAAGGCUAAGUGCUGGGCUGGCGGAUGCUCUGAUGGAACCGUCAAAGUCUAUCGGUAA